ACCUCAUGCACUAGGCCCCCUCCUUGGGAAAAGUAUAGAGUUACACUCAGCUGGUAUAUCCUAACUUCGUUUCGGAACUAAUGGUACCGCUGACCAGGUCAACGUAAGCACAAGAGAAAAACGAAUCCUUUGUUUCGCCAAACUUUUCUUUCUGAAUCUCAACUAGUAGGAUUAUCAUGGGGGUUUGGUUGAGAUAUUUUGCAGUGUUAUGUCUUUGUGCUGCGUCAUGGGCUGCGGAAGAUUGUGGCGAGUGUAAUAGGAACGCAUGUCCAGUCCUGGACACGUCAAAAUGUCUGGCCAGUUUUAAAAGGGAUCGUUGCGACUGUUGUCUGGUAUGUCUACAGCACGAGCUACAACCGUGUGACUUACCAAACCAGCCCUACCAGUACGGCGAAUGCGGGGACUACCUCACGUGCACUAAAGGUGCAGGGAACGCAGGGCAGUGUACCUGUGUCAACCAAGAAGUGAUCUGCGGUUCUGACGGCGUCACAUACGAUAAUCUGUGUCAGCUCCAUCAAGAGAAUUCCCAGCGGGAGGAAGUGGUCAUCGUCAAAUCGUUCGGAAAGUGCAAAACAGAAUUUCCGGCUUCGGCACCUGUUAUCACUAGCGGACCCCCGGAUAUUGCGAAUGGAACCGGAAGUAACAUUGCUAUGAUAUGCGAGGCAACAGGAAGUCCGAUCCCGUAUAUCUUUUGGCUCUUCACAAGGGCUGGUGGAACCGUCUUCAAUAUGCCUGGAGCUGACAAAGACAUAUCCAUGAACCUUCGUGGGGGACCAGAAGAGAACCAAGUAACGGGCUGGCUUCAGAUAAUGAACAUCGCUAAAAUACACGAAGGAGAUUACAAAUGUGUUGCUAAGAACACCGAAGGUUCUGAUGACGCUUCUGCAAGACUCAAGGUCAUCGAAACUAUUGACAUACCUGAGGAGACAGGCGAUGGGAUCUAAACAUGUGAUAGCCUAAAGCAGGGGAGCUGUGACGUCAUUAGAUGCAUGAUGACGGCAGAGAUGGCGUAAAAAAGGACCCCGUCAGUCUUUCUUACUUCAUUCAUUAGUUCUUCGGUAGAUUUUUUUCGCGCAAUUUUAACAUUUUGUUAUUUUCAUUCUGCUGGUAUUAAACAUGUUAUAUUCUAAUGUGUGUUUCCAUGGAGACGAGGAUGAUGGUAACCGAUGGAAUUUCUGUUUUCGACCUGAAAGUGUCAUAGAGAUGGAGCGAAGAUUGCUCUUCACAGACCUGUACUGAACAUGUUUCUAGAUAUGGGAUCGGUUUUGAUGGCAAUAUAAAAUCUGUUUUAUUAUUUCCGCUGGACAUGCAAAGAGUUGUCGUUCCUGAAAUAAGAGGAACGACAACUAUAGAAGAGAAUGUCAGGUGUUUAUUUAAGUCUAAAACCUAGAUAACAUUGAAAUGAUGUUUGAUUGAUGGAAUAUUUAAAUGAUAAAGAGGAAAUUGUGCACGUAUACCAUAAAGAAUUAGCUUGAAAGACAGGUUUUAAACUGAAGGGGGAACGCGUCAUUUUAUGUGAAUGCUAUAUUUUUCUAAUUCAGAAAUGCUUCUUAGAUUUUGAUAACAAUGAACAAAAUUUUUAGAACUUAAAAUAUUUUUUAAGUUCAUCCAACUGAUAUAUCACGCCUCGUUUCUUUUUCACCUGAAAAAAUCACGAAAACGAAAGCUCUCCAAAUUCGUGACGAAAUCUACAUAGACAUUCAUGUCUUGGUGUUGCUUUAUGUAACUAAGGGAAAAUAACAUCGUUAGCCAUUUCAGUGUUUAAAUAACUCUUAUAUCUAUAUAUAGUUCGCCUAUGAAACUUGAAAAUGUUAUUGACAUUCGUUAAUAUUCCAAAAUGAAAGGAUCUGAUUUUAAAAAGCAAGAAAUCGAAAUCGGCUGAUGGAAUAAUGAAAAUUAUAGGUUAUCAAUGGAGAUCGGCAUGCUCGGUCUGUUACGAACUGCUUAUUUUGAUGUCUAAAUGUUUUCAGCGUCAGGUGUUAGAGUUGUUUUACAUACAUGUAUUAUUUUGUCUUUUGCUAGAAUUGAUAUUGUCUGUAGUUAUUUUUUGUCUUUGAUGUGCUAUACGCAUUUGUUCGACAACAAAACGUCGCAAGUCUUCCAUAGCAGUACAUGUACAGAAACCUGUACAUGCGAUAGAGAACCAAAGUCAGAAAUAAACCAUUAUAAAUGAUAAA